AUGUUUGCCUUGCUCCGAAUAAGAAUUUUGCUUGCUGCUUGCCAUCUUCUAAUCAGCCUGGGAGGAGGAUUGCAGGUGACUUCUCCCAAGGCAGGCGACGUGAUUGAUGCCUCCCAAUCCUUCAAGAUCACCUGGACUUCUGGCGCAAAUGACCCCAGCGCCAUUUCCAUCUACAUUGGGCAGAAUAGCACCCAGUUCAUUCGGGAAUUGGCCAUCAACGUCUCCGUUUCGGCCGGUUCCUACGUUGUCCCGCCGAUCCAAGGGCUCGUUCCCGAUGGCACCGGUUAUACGAUCAUGCUCGACCCGGUGAGUGGCGGUGAUGAAGGGGCUUCCUCUGGUGAAAUUACUCUCAUACACUCGGCUUCAAGUGGAACGUCGGUUCCCACUGCUACGACCACAGUCACGGCUGUCAGCUCUGCGAGUCCAACCACGACUUCAUCUUCAUCUGCACCUUCGGAUACGGCAACGGCAUCAACGACACAAACAUCACCUUCCUCCAGCUCAAACCGGAAAAAGACUUCUCAUCGCCUGUCAUCAGCACGUAAGGCUGGGAUAGGCAUUGGAGUCGCUGCUGCUGUUAUCUUGCUCGCCAUUGUUGCUUUUCUGCUAUUCCGCCGCCGUAAGCAGACGCGUGAAGCUGCCGGCGACGGUGAAAACGUGCCACCAGUGGCCGAAAAAGCAUCUGAGCCAACAACUGAGGGAAAGGAGGAAGACAAACCUGAGCUUCCUGGAAACCACGAAUGGCCACGCGCAGAACUGCCGACGGCGCGGGAGACAGCGGAACUAUCUACAGAGCGAGAAGCACACGAAUUACCGGCUUGA